AUGCCAACCAUACAACGGUUUACAUCAAUGCCGCUCCAAAGACCAUAUUCUCUCUUACGAAACACCAGGAUUUGUGUUGGGAAACAUGGGAGUGUACUGGAGAGAUUAGGAGAAGCUUCUAUAUUACACGCGAUCAAAUUCAACCCUUCAGGAUUGCUGCUAGUGCGGCAUGCAUCACAUAACCAGCAAAGCAGUCAUCACCAAAAAAAAGAUGGGCCGGGAAAGCGAUUAGGCGCAAAGAAAUCAGGUGAGGAGCACGUAAUCCCCGGAAAUAUAAUAUUUCGACAACGAGGUACUCACUGGUUUCCUGGAGAGAAUGCUGGAAUGGGCCGCGAUCAUACCAUAUUUUCCAAAGUAGACGGCUAUGUGAAGUAUUACAAAGACCCCCUAAAGCAUCCCAAGCGUCAGUAUAUUGGUGUAGCUUUCGAGCGCGACCACGUUUUACCUUACCCGCCUACUGCACCACGUCACCGACGUCUUAACAUGAUCACGGAAAAACUGGAGCCAGCAGAACUCGAACAGCUUAUUGGGUCGAAAAAUACUGACUCUGAAACGGACAUACUGCCGGCGCGCAAGCAAAAGGAGCGACGUGGCGAAGAAGGCCGGAAUCUUACUCUAAGACCUGGCUACAUGUAUCGUGAACCAAACUGGAAAAUCGGGCUGGCAGCUGAAAGAGCUCGCAUCAAUGUUGUCAAAUUCAAACCACGGAAUCGCUGGCUCGCAUGGCAGAAGACAGUCAUACGAAAGGCAAAGAAUGCGGAAAAGCGAGCUGGUCGCUCCAAAAAGACUAAACCUAAAGCCAAAGUCAAGGCUAAAAGCUAG